UGUAUUGUAACUUAAAUCAUUCCAAUUGGAAUCUACAGUCUGAUAUCGAACUUCGCUUAUCCAAACAUAAUCUAUCUGCCUUAUAUCCCCACACGAUCCCAACGGAAGCAAACCAGGAUAGUUCGCAAUUUGCUUCCUCGUCCCGACGUGCAACAUACGAGCGGAGUUUGCAUGUUACACCAAAAGCUGUCUGGUAUCUAAUAAUAGCUACAUCGCGCCUAAUGCCCAACCGAUACGCGCGCCCUCUGCUUCGCUGUGCCAGGGCAGCUGCCUCAAGCAAGAUCUACGGGACGGCACGCAUUUGUGUGCAGGGCGUCUCAUACCAGAGCCUGCGAAAUUUCUCUGGCUCAGCGGUCAUGGCGAUAUCCCCGCAAUCCAAUGCUCCCCGCUUCUCCGCUGGCGUCGAUGAGCCGGCCUUGAUGCGGACCCUGGAUCCUCUGCUGGCAUCAGCAAGUCGCGGCGGCCGGUGGAGUCUAAUUCCCGGCGGCGAGGGUAUCGAAAGGAGCUUCAGAUUCAAGACAUUUGCGAAGACAUGGGACUUCAUGACCGCAGUCUCACUGCAAUGCAAACUAAAAAAUCAUCACCCUGAAUGGUCUAACGUGUAUAAUACGACAUAUAUCCGGUGGACAACCCAUAACCCGAAAGGCCUUUCUACCAAGGACGUCGAGCUGGCUGCUAUCUGCGAUGGUCUUGCGAAAGACUUCGGUGAGAUUAUUGAGGAAGCUAGUGGCGGUGAUGACAAUGCUGUACUAAAGCAAGUGGCUGACCGCGCAGUUACUGAUGCUGGCGCCUGCUGCACACCCAAAAAAUAGAGGGCUCGAGAAGUAAUACACGUUGAAACAUCAGGCCAUAUCGAAUACAAAUUCGAUGCUUAUUCCAAAUUUCAACCUAUAUGAUAUUCAACCUAAGGCUGACAACCGAACAUAUAUGUAAUACUACAUAUGUACUUACUCAAAUACACUACUUAUUUACGACCAAGA